UGACUACAGAUCGAUGAACGUAAUGACACGUAAUUGAAUUGUGAAGUGAAAGCUGUUUGUAUCGAACCAUGUUUAAUAAGGACCUACUUUAAUCCGAAAAUAUUAAGAACUUCUAUUUUCUUACAUUAAUCAUCGCCACAAAAGGAAAUAAAUGAGCAUCGAUCGGUUUUCACACAAUAUGUAACUUCUGAUAGGAGAGAAGGUUUUCUAGCAUGCAAUUGAUUUUCUUGGAUUAUUUCUAGUCGUGUUUUUUUCUUGAUGGCAAACCAUGGAUAACGGUAUUUGGAAGGCAUUAGCAAUUUAUUUCUUGACAUCCGGAUAUGAAAAGCUUUAGAUGUUUACACCUGUGAUGAGAAGGUGACAUGGUAUCACCGAAGACCAUGGUAAUUUGGUCAUGCAGAAUAAAUAUAACCAUGAUGGUCUUACUUUGGUUAAUCAACUUGACUUGUUCAGGACAUACCUGCCCAAAGGAUCUGCUGAGCGAAGUCUUCAGCUGCCUGCGGAACUUAACACAUGGAAGUAAUCAAAGCUCACUACUUUCAUCUAUUGACGUCGAUCUGAUGAAAAGAAAUUGUGGAACUGGAGCAUUUGACGACAGUGUUCAGUGCCUAGAUAGAUUAUAUAAACGUUGUGAUGACCCUGAGGCACAAGAGUGGUUACAUAAAUUAGCUAAGCCCGGGAGAUGGAAGGCUGGUUUUGAUAGGUUUUGCAAACAUGUAAAUUUAUAUACAAAACAGAAAUUGUGUAUCCAGAAACAAAACGAAAAAGUUUUGGCCUGCGUCAAUAGUAAUAAAGAUGUUUUUAACAAUGAGCAAAAAUACGUGGCUACUACUAGAGAUGGCUAUAAGGUCGAUGAAAAUGUAAUAAAACCUACAUGCAGCGUAUUUCAUUGGACAGAUAAGUGUUUGAGUGGUCCACUUGGAGACGAGUGUGGAAGAGAAGUUGGCGCUGUAGUAGCAGACUUUAAUGGGGGGAUUACUCCUCCUUUAUGUUUUAAUUAUCAAGUAGACAGUUCAUCAACAAGGACUUCGCAUUCGUCCAAGUUUAUUGUGAUAUUAACAUGUGCAUUAUCGUAUAUACUGUUCUCCCGUCUACGGUGAUGGACAUUUCAGAGAGUGUGUGGAUGCAUAAGUGUCAUUCAUUAAGUAAACUGUCAACUUAGAUCUUCAAGGUGUUUCUAAGGAAGCACUGGUACAUUAGCAACUAAAGUACAGAUGAACUUUACCUUAAAUGGGCAACGAAAUGUCUUGUUAAGACAAUGUUAAAAUAAUGUUAAUAUUUAUAUCAUGUGACGGCAUAUACUAUUUGUGGAUGGAUAGCUAAUAUAAACACAACAAUUAUUCAAUGUUGAGUGUUUUGUCUCGAACAAUAGGGCCAUAAUUCACCAAUAGACAUCCACAUAUUUGGUAUGUGAAUGAAUGAUUUAAUGUGUGGAUGAGGAAAAUUGAGAUGAUAAACUAAAAUUGAGCAUUUAAAAUGCAUAUAGAUUUAAGAGAAUGUAUCGGAAAUGUGAAUUGCAUAAGGUAUUGCUAGAAAUACCAUACAAAACUAUGCUAUUUAUUCAACACACGAUGAAGUAUAGAUCAAGAUAGUUCUAACGAAUUCUCAAACAUUAUCAAAGUAAAAAGCAAAUUUAUAUAUGCUCUAUCGGUUAUUUAAAACUAAAAAUAAAAAGGAUUGGUUUCUAGAUCCUAAAAAGUCUGAUGUGUUUCAGUGUUAGCUGAUACAUAUCAUUUCACAUGUUAUGUGAGAAAAAAUGUGUGUUAUGUUGAACGUUUGCCAUGUAAUGGCUUUAAGUGGUUAUUUUACCAGAACCUAUGUAUAUGUAUUACCUUUAUGUUUCUUUAUGUAUUGAAAGCUACUUGAAACUAGAAGACUAUUUAGUAGGCAAUCACUUUGUUUCUGAAAAUGUAUUAAAUCCUCUUUUUAUCUUGUAUGACUAGACUACCUGCUUAUCAUUGCAGUCAUUUUCAAGUUCUUUUAGGCUUUUUUUCUACUAGGAAUUAAUUCAUAACUGUUGCUACAAGUUUUUGAAUAGGAACUUAAGAUAUUUUAAAUAAGAAUUUAAGAUAUUUUAAAUAGGAACUUAAGAUAUUUUAAAUAGAAAAUUAGCAGAUGCAAGAUUUUGUCAGCAUUUAAAAAAAAAAAAAAGACUUCUGCUUUAUUUUAUUGUGGACUUUAUUAUUAUACGAUAAUUAUGUGGAACAAUUUGGAAUUUCCUUUGAAAAGAACUGAAUACAAAUAUUCAAAAGACUUUAUUUUAUGAAUUAUUAUUGAAGAGAAAAUAUUGAUAAAAGUUUACAAAUUAUAUUCUUUUUUUUAAAGGAGUGGAAAUACUAUAGUCCUGAUCAAAUACUGAAAUACUGAUGUUUCUGAAGAUCAAACAAAAUAUUAUGUAUUCAAUUUUGGAUUUUAAACAUUCAGAAUAAACAAUGAAUAUUUUAAUGUUCUUGUAUUGACUUAAAACUGUCAAUUUAUUAUGUGUAGGCUCAGCAGUGUGAACAUGUAAAGUUUGUAAAUAUACAAAAUACAUAGAUUGAUAUUCAUUUACAAAACUUCACCUCUAUAAUGUUGUGUAUAAACAUCAGUUAGUGUUGCCAUGGACAUCACUGUUUGAUUCAAGGGAAAGAAUUCUUAAAAUAAGACUUCCUUUUAAUGUAUUUCUAUUUGUGAAAAAGGAAAUUUGUAAGUUGGAAAUGCUUUCCAUUGUUUGACUGGAUCUAUUAAGAUUCUGUUGAAUAUGUAACAGCAAUUUGUCUUGUAUAUUGCAAGAAAUAUGGCUUAAUGUAUCAUUAUGCAAUUGCAAUCAUGCAUGUGUGUGACAAACUAGCAUUGUACAUGAACAAUUGAAGCUUAUUAUGCUUGUUUUAAUAUGCAUGUUUUUAUGCUUUUAAGAGUGAUUGUUGAUCAAAAGAUAUUUUUAUGUUUUGAAAGAUUUUAUGUGUUCUGACAGGUUUAACACACAAAUAUAAUGUUGUUAAUUGUCUUUAAUUUUUAUUAUUUAAUCAUAUUUUUUUUAAGUUCAAGUGAUAUAUACAGGAUCAGAAAUUGAUUCUUGUUGAAGCAUGUGAACUUUUUUGUUUUGUUCUAUUUUCAUUUUGUUUGUUUCAUUUUUUAAUAGUAUCUCAAGAGUGGGAUGAUAAUAACUAUGUAUUGACUAUUAAGAAUUUUUUUUUUUUAGUUUUUAUGUUUAGAUUAAACAUUCCAGGAGUAUUAUCAAAUAUAAUGAUCAUGAAAGAUCUAUCAGUGUGAUAAAGUUGAAAAAGUAUUAUAUAUUUAACACAUUUCAACAGGCUUUACAAAGAGCUGUGGUAAUCACUUUUCGAUUCCCAUUCUUUCACUGAGAGGAUAUCCUCAGUUUAAUUUUUUAUACUGGCUCCAGAUGGUUUUAAGAGUUAAUAAAUGAGAUUUUUAUCUUGCAAUUUGUUCUUAUGUAAAUCACUAUAGCUAUACACUUAAAUGCAUAUCAUUACACAGUCUAGUGUUAUUACUAUUGUUUGUAAGAGUCAAAGGUUCUGUGUAACAAUAAAACUAGGAAAAUGGAUUUUGGCGUUAGCGACAGCUGGUUUUUAUAUGCAUUUGGUGUAUAAUUAUGUUGAAAUGCUUAAACAAAUUAGAAGUAUAGUUUAUCUAAGUAAAGGAUUACUUAUUAUUUUUUAAGAUACAAAUUACAGUUAGUUAAGUAAAUAUUUAUUUAUGUUUUAUUCAAUUUUUAUAAAUACUGAUAUAAAAUAUCAUUAAGAUGAAAACAUUGUUGUUUAAUAAAAAAUAAAAAUCUUUA